UAAAUUCUUAUUGUAAUGUCAGGAAGCUGGUGUUGCCAAACAAAGUUGACGCAUUUCCAAAAAUUGACUAAAAUGUUACAUUAGGAUCGGUAAUCAGUGAGAUAUCCAUGUCUAGUCAGCUUAAAUUGUCCCUUGGAAACAAUCCAACAGGAUUGGGGCAGGGAUCCGGGAAUCUGCCUACAGGACACAAUUUGAGCACUACCCCUGGGUAUAUCCCUUCAAAAGGAAAUGAUACACCUCUUCCAUCCUUUACCAUCACUGAACCAGUGUGUCAAGCCAUACUGUACGAUGAUAUUGGAGAAUCAAGGGUCAGAGUGUGGGACCUGAUUGUCCUUAUACCGAAUGUUUUCUUCCUGAUUUUCCUCUUCUACAAAUCAAAAUCUGCCGUCACCAAACUCAGGAGUACCAGCAGUCCCAUAUUCACAGCAUUCUAUGUUCUAGUGUGUCUUGUUGCUGUAAUCAGCGUCCUGAGAUGUGUGGUAUCAAUGACAGUCAAUGCAUCCAUAUUGGCAGGGGAUAUUACAGACAAGGUGUUGUGGCUGGUCCUGAGGUUUUUCUUGCUGGGGACAGAAAUGUCCAUCAUUGUGUUUGGACUGGCAUUCGGUCAUUUGGACAGCAGAAAAUCCAUACAGAGAGUGUUAUUAGUGACAUCAUGUGUGGCCCUCAUAUACUCGUGUACACAGGGCACCCUGGAGUUUGAGUACCCCGAUCCUCAGUUUCAUGUACAGAAAGGCUCCAACGAAACGUACCAGGACUUUGACAUCUUCGCCCAUGGAGGGAUGAUUUUCUGGCUCACCAGCUCUCUUGUCUUUUUCCUUGUGUACACAGUGAUAUUUAUUUUACCAUGGACAAGUCUGAAGGAAAGGUGGUCUCUUCCACCCAAGAAAUCUUUUUACCGCUAUGCUGCAUUUUUGGCCUUCCUUAAUCUUGCCCAGGCCAUUGGGAGCGGGAUGUUGUAUGGAGAAAUUCAGGAAGGAAUGUGCCUGGUGGAUUUGACAUCUUAUAUCUACUUUACUUGUUUUGUGCCUCUUGUGUAUCUGGUGUUUCUAAGGAAGUUCUUUAUGCACACACAGCCGCGAAUCCUGUUCUCCUACAAGAGUCAGGUGGACGAGAUUCCGGAGGAAGACACUGUCAGCAUGCCGUACCAGUCUAACGUCCGCAAGACCGAGGACGGCGACAACAUGAGUGUCAGCUUCGACAGCACGCACUUCGACCACCAGUCGGGGUCCUACUACACUCGCCCGUCCUCGCUCCUCCCCAACGGCUCAGUCAACGUGACAGAAGACGACGUCGCUCCAGUCCGAGACUAUUACCAGGCCUCAGCCUAGGACUCACAUUUUCUGCGGAUGUUUUCUUGCCUAGUGAUAUUAAUGGGAGCUUUAAGUCCAUCAUCAUAGACUUGUAGGCAUGUACAAAGAAAGCUAGUAAUCAAGAGACUUUUGUCACUCAAGGUGCUUAUAUAGCGGUUCUUCAGAGGAAGGAUCGAAUACAAUAUGAUAUUGAUACAACGCUAUUUAAAAAUUAUGAGUUAGCUCCUUAAUUGUGUACUUUAGUGAAUUAGUACUUCUGAUGAAGGUCAGAUUUUGAAAUAUGUGUGUAAAUAUUUUGCAGAUUCAUUUGUUUCUUUUUUAAUGUUAAGUUUUUUGUUAAUAAUUACUAUGAAGGAAAAUUAAAUUGUAAAGAUUUGAUUUACCCUUUCUGAUUUCAUUAAUGCCACAAUUAUUACAAAAAUCAUACAUAGGUUUAACUGAAGAUAGAGUUUAUUUGUUUUCUUUUGUUUUAUAUAAAAGGAGGGAGACAACCCUCUGAAUCUCACAGACAAAAUAACUUAUCUUCUUUAAUAUCUUCAUUUUGUAAAAUUGUCAUGUUGAAAAGAAUAGCAUUUAUGGUAAUAUAGAUAUGAAAUAAACAGGUUUAAUGGUGUGUACAUACCAUAUAUCAUUUGUUUACUAUCAUAGUUGUGACACAAAGCUAAUUUUUGUUGAAUACAUUUGUAUUUUUAUUUAGGCGUUUAUAUUUCAAAUGGAAAAAAAUGGCAGUUUAUGGAGGUAUCAGAUUUCAACCCGACAUUUUUAAGCUUGAUGCCAUGGAUGCAUAGAAUUUCUAUUUACCACCCUUAGGCAUGUAAUCUGCUAAAAAUAUUACUAAUACUAAUCUUACAUUCAGAGAGAAAUUAUACUUGAUAUGAAGAAGUAUUCUAAGUUCAAUUUCAUAUUCCAUUUUUUGAUGACAAAAUUGGGAAUUUAAAAUCUAAAUUUUAAUCUUUUUUUCUUUUGGACAAAAUAGAAGAAAUAUACUUUUCUGUUGAAGAAAACAGCUUUUGAAGAUCCCCAAUCCCCAUGUGCAUCAGUUCACCAAGCACCUGCUAGGAACAUUUCAGAUGUAUCAUGUAUUUAUUAUUAUGCUUGUUUAUUGAUCCCGGUCAAAGGGUAGGGAACUGUUUCUGUGUUCAGUGCUAAAUUCUUCAGCUUAAAAUAUGUUGCAGUUUUGUGUAAAUUUUUACUGACAAUCUUGUCUGAUGAUAAUGCUGACCAAUAGAAAGGCAGUUCUUUAUUUUAUGAUCCGAGAAGUACAGGUCAGAAACAGGGGAGAAGAGAAUUGUAUUUUUGUCACUUCAGGAAUUCCUGAAUUAUUUGUUUUAUAUUUAUGCCAUUUGUGAUUUCCGAUUUCAUGAAAUAGUUGUGCAAUAUUUUUGUUACAUUUAGUAGAGGGUUGUUGUGUAUAAUAAUAAUAAUAUCUGAGGAUCUCAGUUCAUCCAGUCAAAAUGUCAGAUCACUUGUAAGUUGUAACAUUGACUUCAAAAUAAACAGAACAUACAAAAAG